CAUUACAUGAGUUUGGUUUCAGCUUUGUGCAGUGUUUUCCAUGCUAAAGGCAUGUCAUCCUUGAAGAAAUAUGAUAAAAAAUUACUUUCCUCAAAAUAAAUAAAUAAAUUAGGGCAGAAUACCGUGUCCUCGUCAUGGUGAGCAAAGUAUGCCACAACCGUCUGAAUUAAUGCAGUUCUACUCAAUCUUUAUCGGGCGUAAAAAUUUGGCAGCAUUGAAAAUUUUUGGCACAGUUGAAUUUUCUUUUCAUGGUAAUCCUCGGUACCUAUUCAAGAGGGCUUGUGAUGAGGCUAUUGAAGUAGAAGAUUCACAGAAAGUUCUGCCAUUCUUAGAAGUGUAUAAGAGUUUUUCUGACUAUGGCUUACUUGAAUUGAAGGUGGAUCUAAAAGAUGUUCGUGGGAAAUAUCAGAACAAAGGGUUUGCUACUUAUGACCUUCGAUUCCCAUGCAGAUAUUCAUCUUAUAACACCCAAAUAUGUUCUGUUCUUCCGGGCAAAGAUGGGUUUUGUGCAUUGCAUUACUCCAUCUUCCCGAGAGCUUGUCAAGCAAAUAUCGAGAUCUUUUUCAAGAUUAAGAGUGCUCAGUUAGGGGCUGGCAAGAUAUAUGGAAGUGCAAUCGCUCGAUAUAGCAACUUUGACUACUCAACUAAGUUAAAGAGAGAUUAUUUUCGGUGUGUGCUUUUCCAAACGAUUGAGAAGGAUCCAGUACAUUUAAAGAAUGAUGAGGAAGAACUAAUUUCUAAAAGUGUUGUUGUGGUGCCAAUGGAUGCUUCCCUCAUUAUUGACGUAGAUUUUUUUUGCAUGUCUCCGAAAGAUCGUCUAUUAGGCAAACGAAAGUUUAAGAUUGGAGAUUGCUGCUUUCAAACAGAUACAGAAACAAAGAAUUAUGAAUUUUGCAUCGAGAUCACUUGGACGGAUGGAUUGCAUGAUGGGCAGAGUGAGCUUCACAAACACGAGGCCACGAAUGACAUGCCAAAAUUGGAGAUGGAAGCUGCCGAAUGAGGAUUGCGAGAUGGAAGGAGUGAUUUAGACAAAGUCACGGUAAUUCCUUCUUUAUUUGCAACAUAUAUGCUCAUGCAAAAGGAAUUCUAACAUGAAUUGAUUCAUAAAAUUACAAUAAUUAA